AUGGCAACCGUCCAGCAGAUCCGUCGCGCGCAGCGUGCGGACGGUCCGGCGGCCGUGCUCGCCAUCGGCACGGCGAACCCGGCGAGCUCCAUGCUCCAGGACGACUACGCCGAGUACUACUUCCGCGUCACCAACAGCGAGCACCAUGCCGAGCUCAAGGACAAGCUCAAAAGAAGAAUAUGUAAGAAAUCAGGCAACGAGAGGCGCUACGUGCACCUCGACGAGGAGCUCCUCGGCGCGCACCGGGACUUCAGCGACCGUGCGCUGUCGACCCUCGACGCGCGGAUAGACAUGGCCUCGGCCGCGGUGCCCGAGCUCGCCGCGUCCGCCGCGGCGAAGGCCGUCGUCGAGUGGGGUCGCCCGGCCGCCGACGUGACGCACCUCGUCUUCAGCACCUACUCUGGCGGGAAGGCCCCGAGCGCCGACCUCCUCCUGGCGUCGCUGCUCGGCCUCCGCCCCACCGUGUCCCGCACCAUCCUCAGCCUCAACGGCUGCUCCGGCGGCGGCAGGGCGCUGCAGCUCGCCAAGGAGCUCGCCGAGAACAACCGCGGCGCGCGCGUCCUCGUGGCCUGCUCCGAGCUCACCCUCAUCGCGUUCUACGGGCCCGAGGAGGGCCGCCUCGACACCAUCCUCGGCCAGGGCAUAUUCGGCGACGGCGCGGGCGCCGUCAUCGUCGGCGCCGACCCCGUCAACAGCGUCGAGCGCCCGCUGUUCGAGAUGGCCUUCGCCACGCAGACGACGAUACCGGAGACCGAGGACGAGAUCACCAUGCGGCUCAUGAAAGGCGGCCUCGACUUCCACGUCUCCGUCCGGGUGCCGAAGCUGCUGAAGAGCAACGUCGAGCGCUGUCUGAUCGACGCGUUCGAGUCCAUUGGCGUCAGUGCUACGUGGAACGACCUCUUCUGGGCGAUCCACCCCGGGGGGCGUGCGAUCCUGGACCACGUCGAGGAACUGCUCGGGCUGGACGCCGAGAAGCUGGCGGCGAGCCGACGGGUGCUGAGAGAGUACGGGAACAUGAGUGGCGCGACGGUGAUCUUCGUGCUCGAUGAGCUGCGCCGGCGUAGGGCAAGGGGACAGGAGGUAGCCGAGUGGGGUGUGAUGGUGGCGUUCGGUCCCGGAAUCACGAUCGAGACCAUGGUGCUGCACGCUACUGGCAGCCUCAAGGAAAAAUAG